GUCUAGUCCAGUAGAGGCAGAGAGCAGAAGCAAAACCUCCGACCCACCACGGGCAGCAACAGCAACAGCAAGACACCGCAUCCGCUCCCGCCCUCGACCCCCCCUUCUCUCCUUCACUCGCACCGUUCUUCCACAGAGUCAAUUGGGGGCUUCCCAAUUGCGGAAAUCGGGGCCCGCACAAUGAGUGUCUGCCGCUCCGCAAGAUGUCUGUUCUCGAAGGCCACAACAGGUCUUCCUAAAUCUGCACCCGCACCGGCGACACGAUCCUUCCAGACGACCGCCCCAAGGCCCGCACGCAGGAGACGUCCUCACUACCCGAGCAUCAAGGCGGAGGAGCUCCAAUUGCUCAACAAGGCCGCCGAAGCCACCUACCCGAAAUAUGACACCACCGAGACCACACUGCUAGAAAAAAGAUACACACCGGACCAGAUCGCCGCGAUCAAGGCCGCAGAAACUGCAAUUGACACUCGAGACAUCCUGACGCAGGGACAGCGGAGAUCAGACCCAUGGCUGCUGCCAUACAAAGACGACCUCGCGGAGAUGGACCCAGUGACGGAUCACGCUGAGAAGCUCUCGCACAAGGACAUCCAGGGCUCCAAGACGUUCCGGUACACGAACCCGGUCGAACGUGACGAGGCUAUCACGCAGGUUGCGAUGGAGCAGCUCGCGAAGUUGUAUCCGGACGGGGUCCCCGAAGAACUGAGCGCGGAGGCGCAGGCGGAUCUCGAAGACAUGGUCGGGACGGCCAUGACGCAGGCGGCCUUCGACCCGCGAGCAAUCUACACGUCCAAGAACCCCAAGGCCAUGGCGACCAUGGCGGACCCCCGCCACUCCAUUGUUCAGCCUGACCUGCCACGGAUCGAGAACCGCAUGAUGCGCCAGACGACGAGGCUGGCGAAUGAGGAGAAGGAAGACCCGCGCGAGAAGCAAUUGCUGCAGUACAUGCGGUGGACCAAGAAGCAGCUGAGGGGCCUGACGAUCAAGACGCUCGUCGUCCACGGCGUCGUGAACCAGACCCGCAUGGGCAAGAUCAGGUCUAUGUACUUCCUGACCAUCGCUGGCAACGGCAAUGGACUGUUGGGCGUUGGCGAGGGAAAGUCGGUUGAGCCUGCGGAUGGAAGAAAGCAGAGCGUCAUGUCUGCUAUCAGGAAUAUGAAGGCCAUUCCCCGAUACGAGAACAGGACCAUCUAUGGCGACCUGGAGAAGAAGGUGGCCGCCACCAGGGUGCUGCUGUACUCCCGACCACCUGGCUUCGGUCUCCGCUGCCAGCAUCUCAUCUUCGAGAUGGCCCGCGCCGCCGGCCUGCAAGAUCUCGCCGCCCGCACCCCUCGCUCCCGCAACAAGAUGAACGUCAUCAAGGCCACCUGGGAGGCCCUCGUGAACCAGAAGCUCCCCGACGAGAUCGCGCGCGGGCGCGGCAAGAAGCUCGUCGACGUCAGGAAGGUGUACUACGGAGGUAGCGUGCAUUAAGUGAAGCAAGGCGGAGGUAGUAGUUGAAGGCGAUCUGACACGACCUGUUCAAUUUUGUUUCAAUCAAUUCAAGGGCCGAUUGUACGAUAUGGGGAGGAGUUUGUUUUCAUCAUGUCGCCCUUCCCAAUCUACCAACGAACGCCAUGGAAGACGAGCAUGGGGCAUACCUCAUUAUAGACAACGACAGCGGUAGUGGUAGGAGGAGUAGAUUCGCGACAACGACGUCAUGCACACGUACUCCUUUUCUCUCCCUCCCAUCAAAAAAUAAAACACCUUCGCAUUUUCAAGGGGGGAAACAGCGGCGGCGGCGGCAUCUGUACAUCUCUCUAUAUGUAUCAGUAGUAUUAUUACAUAUCAUCAUCAUC